AAGAAACCGCGACUUAUUUUUUUGAAACCAAAUUCAAACUUCAAAAACUAAAAACCAAAAACCCGACUUCCCGCUCUCCUCUCAUUUCACCCUUUUCCCCACAUUUUUCUCUCUCUUCGAAUCUCUCCCUCCUUCAAAAUCAAACUGCCCCAAUAAACCAAAUUAUAAACCCUAAAUUCAAAAUUCAAAAUGUCGACGACAACAUCGAUUCGGCGGAUCAAAGAACGGGGAGGAUCUGUUGGCAAGAUCGCACCUUCAAUACCCACCAAAACCCUAACCCCAAGUUCUGAAAGAUCCUCUUCAGUUACCAGCGGAAGGAAAACAAUCGGGAAGGAAAACCCUAAACCUAGAUCUGCUUCAGUUUCUAGGGUUACUGGCGCAACUCAGAAGCCGGUGAUUCGGUCGAUGCCCCGAGUUUCCGAUGCUGAACCACGGUCUCGAUCUCGAGGUAGGAGGAGUCCUAGCCCUAACCCUUGCUCUAACCCUUCUGAUUUCACUCGAAUUUUGUCCGAUAUGCGGAAAACUAGAGUAGCUAGUGAGGUGUCAAGUGUGAAGGGGGUGAAUGGGUUUAGGGUUUUGGAUAAAAAGGGGUUUAGGGAUUUAAAUCAGAAAGUUAGUGGAAGUAGGGUUUCUGUUGAUGGGAGAGAAUAUCCCAGUGCUGGAAAAGUUAGUGUUAGUAGAAAGGAUGAUAAUUUAUCUUGUGUGCAUUCUGUAAAGUUAAAUGUUAAUAAUUUAAGUGAUGGGUGUGUUAAUGAGAGUGUUAAAAAUGGAAGCUUCAGUGCUCGCGAAGCGAAAAAUGUGAAUCAAAGUGUCGAUUUGAAGACUAGUGGAGGUUCUAAUAUGGAGAAGAGUGGUUUAGACGGGAGCUUUAAAGGGUUGAGUGUGAGAAUCUCGGGUUCGGAUGUUAGCAGAGAGAAGGGAGUGAGUGAAGAGGGGACGAGUGGGCGUGUCGCUAACAAGCACGCCAGUAAAUUGCACGAAAAGCUUGCAUAUUUGGAAGGGAAAGUGAAGAGAAUAGCUACUGAUAUUAAGAAGACGAAAGAGAUGCUUGAUAUGAAUAACACUGAUGCAUCUAAGAUGAUACUUUCGGAUAUUCAGGAGAAGAUUUCGGGUAUUGAGAAAGCCAUGGGCAAUGUGAUGGCUGAUUCUAAAGAGCAUGUAUCUAUGGAUUGCUCUAGCAAUUCGGGUUAUUCCAAGAACACUGAAAUUGAUCAGAACGCAACAGCUGAUUCUAUGAAAGUAUCUGCUAAAGGUUACAGUUGUGAAGAGCUAGAAGCAAGGCUUUUCCCUCAUCACAAAUUGUUGAAGAAUCGGACUACACUAGUGUCCGAUUCUGGCUCUCAAAGUGAUGGAACGUAUGUUUUAGAACCCAAUGGUGGAUCUAAUUCCAAAGAGGAUUCAGGGAGUCCUGUUGAUGAGGACCCAAUAGCAAUGGCGUUCCUUGCUUCCCUGUCUAAGACACAGUCUAAGGUUGGUGUAAAAGAUGUAGAAGUCACUUUGGAUUCUAAUAAGGUACAAGAAGCAGAUGAUGCUGAAACCUCUACAGCGCGACGCAGUUCAGAGGUAUUUAGUGGAAAAAGCGAAGCUGAACCGGAUUUGGAAGCCGAUGAGAAACUUGAUGAAAUUGAGGAUCAAGAGAAUAAGCCAGAAAUGGUUGUUGAUGAGGAGAUGGAUGAUGAUUCUAUUUCUCAGUUGAUAGAAAUAGGGCGCAAGACUUCUACUGGGGGAUGGUUCGUCGCAGAGGGAGAAUCAGUUCUUCUAGCUCACGAUGAUGGUUCAUGUUCUUUCUAUGACAUUGCUAACAAUGAGGAGAAAGCUGAAUACAGGCCACCAGCAGGAAUAUCAGAAAACAUAUGGAGGGAUUGUUGGAUAAUCCGUGCCCCUGGUGCAGACGGUUGCUCUGGAAAGUAUGUGGUAGCUGCUUCUGCUGGAAACACCAUGGAUUCAGGGUUCUGUUCAUGGGAUUUCUACUCCAAAGAUGUGCAAGCUUUCCACAUUGAAGAUAACACAACCAGUCCAAGAGUAGCUCUUGGGCGGUUAGCUGAUAAUAUUAUGUACAGAAGGAAUGCUCUAUCUAAUAUUAUGUCCUCUGAAAACCAACAAUGGUGGUAUAGACCUUGUGGACCUUUAAUUAUUUCAACUGCAAGUUGUCAGAGAGCUGUUAAAGUGUUUGACAUCCGUGAUGGUGAGCAAAUUAUGAGCUGGGAUGUUCAGAAGCCUGUACUUCCAAUGGAUUAUUCUAGCCCGUUGCAGUGGAGAAACAGAGGAAAAGCUGUUAUAGCAGAAGCAGAAGCUAUUUCUCUGUGGGAUGUGAGCUCAUUGAAUCCUCGAGCAUUGUUAUCUGUCUCUACCUCCGGGCGCAGGAUUUCAGCUCUUCAUGUAAAUAAUACUGAUGCUGAAUUGGGUGGAGGAGUCCGCCAAAGGGCAAGUUCUUCAGAAACAGAAGGAAAUGACGGGGUGUUCUGCACUGCUGAUUCCAUUAACGUCCUUGACUUCCGUCAGCCAUCUGGUAUCGGUCUUAAGAUACCUAAGAUUGGUGUAACUGUUCAAUCAGUAUCUUCUCGAGGGGAUUCUGUAUAUCUUGGCUGCAGUAGUGUUGUUUCAGCAGUAAAGAAACAGGUGCAAUCACAGAUACUACAAUUCUCUAUACGGAAACAGAAGAUAGUCAACACUUAUACAUUACCUGAAUCCACUGCUCAUUCCCACCACAAAGCGCUGACCCAAGUUUGGGGAAACGCUAACAUGGUUAUGGCUGUUUGUGGACUUGGGCUGUUUGUGUUUGAUGCUUCAAAAGAUGAUGGUUUGCCUUCAUUUGUUAGUGACAGUAGUAAUCCGCAGAAUACUAAGGAAGUUAUUGGUCCGGAUGACUUGUAUUCGCCUUCUUUUGAUUACCUCUCGUCCCAGAUUCUGCUGAUAUCAAGAGAUCGUCCAGCAAUGUGGAGGCAUUUGUCAUAGAUAUGAUAAUCGUUGCAAGCUAUAGAGCACCUUGCUCUAUCAUGUAUACUAAAUUUUAUGUAUUUUUGUUAAUUAUUGUGUGUUUUUAUGCAGCUUUUUGAGUGUUGUUUUAUCAGUUGAAUUGCUUAAUCUUGAUAAAUGAGAUGAUGUGACCUCUGUGUUCUUGUUA